AUGGGUCUUUUAAUAUCGUUGCUAUCAUUGCCUAAAAUUUAUGAAAAAUUAUUAGACUUUCAUAAUUCAAUUAAUGGUAAUUGGUUUCAAUAUUUUCAAUUAUUGUACAAAUUUUGGUCUAACAGAUCUAACUGUAGAUUUGAUUUAUACGAUGUUAACAAAUAUGACAACCCGUAUGCACUGGGAGUUUUGCCGCCUAAACAGGAAUGGCUAUAUGAGUGUCCACAAUGGAAUAAAUCUGAAAAUAUUGUCAUAUAUGGGAGCAAUACAUGGGGACAGUUAGUGUUGAUUGCCAUCAAAUGGCGACCACAGACAACCGUCAAUCACAACCGUCCCAGUGCUCACAUACAGCUUAUCAUAAAAGAUGAUAAUGAUAUCUACUAUGAGCUCAAUGAACAACAAUCGUUGGCCAGUGUGGUCGGUGGUAGUGAUGGUUAUAAAUCCCAGACCGCAUCGGCAGCCGUCUAUCGUAUCGCCGGAUUAACAAUUGAAGUGUUGGAACCGUUCAGGAAAUUACGGAUCAAAUACAGAGGAUAUCUUCGGAGGAAAUGUAGUACAGAAGAAGUUGAUGAACAGUCACCACUAGUAUACACAAAGUUGACACUGUUUUGGUCAUCGUUGACCAAUGUGUACGACUUUGUCGGCUGUUACGACACCGGCUAUUUGGCCAAACAGUUGAGCGGCUCAGGUGUUAGACAACCGAUGGACAAUACAAACAUUGAUGAAUUCAGACACGAACAGUGCGGUCAUAUGACAGGUUCGGUACAAUUUGAUGAGACCAUAGCCUCAGCCGACAAUACUAGACAAUUGUCACUGUGGGGCACCAAAUUGAAACACUAUGUCACAGACGAUACAGGUGCUGGUGAUACCGGUGCUGAUGCUGCUGUUGUCGGCAAAGCGACCCGUAUUUAUGGUCUAAAUUGUAAAGGAUUUGGAUUUCAUAUAAGUGCUCGUCGUUAUCAUAAUUAUUGCCUACAAACCGGUUACGUUACACUGGGAUCGGGACUAUUGUAUACAACAUCGGCAAUAAGUGGCACAACAUUUAACGAGUUAGAGUCGGCCGGUUUGGGACCAAAUAGUUUGCGGUUUACUGUUGAAGUUGACGAACAAAAUCGUCAACUAGUGGUUGAUAUAGACAAGUCUAGAGACAAAUAUGGCGAUCAGUUUAUGGUGUGUGACAUGACUUUAAACGGACAUAAAGGUGUUUGUCUAGUCAUCCGUGAGUGCUGUCUAGAGAACGAUAGCACUGGCAGUAAAAUACCCGAACUGUUAGCCGAUGAUAGCGGCAGCCGUGUAUGGGAUUUAGUGGUAAACAUUGGCGAUGACAGUGCAAAACACGUGUCCAUUAGCGGUGGUAAAGGCGCGUCAUUGGCCUCAUUGAUACAAUUGUCGCGCACGUCGUGUAGACCCGGGUUUGUCGUACCCGAUGGUGUGAUUGUGACUACCAAUGCCUACAAUGUGCUCAUCGAUAGUUCAAAUGUGUUGCAACAGGAAAUUGAUCGAUUGGAAAAAUUAGCAUGGUCCGACUCUAGAGAUAGUCUGAAAACUGUUUGCCAAGAGGUUAGCCAAACAGUAGCCUCGUAUGCAAUACCCGAGAAUAUUAGAGAAGAACUCAGUGUAAAACUGGCCAAACUUUUUGGCGAUAACUACCAAUCGCUGCGAUUUGCUGUCCGAUCGUCGGCGUUGACCGAAGACUCAGAGGACAUGUCAACUGCCGGUCAGAUGACUACACUGUUGGGUGUACGCGGUUUGGACAGUAUAGCUUCAGCGGUGAUGAAAUGUUGGGCAUCACAGUUUCAGUACGUAGCCGUCGAGUAUAAGCGCGGUUACGGCCAACCAAUCAACUGUCCGAUGGCUGUUGUUGUCCAGCAAAUGGUUAACUGCGAAUCGGCCGGCGUUGUCUUUACGUGCGAUCCACUGACCGGCGACGAACGUGAGCUAAUUAUUACCGGCAACUACGGUAUUGGCGAAAGUGUAGUGUCGGCCAGUGCCGAACCAGACACUGUUAGACUACGGGUGGCCAUCGAUGCUAUUGAUAACUGUCGAUCUAUUGCUGAUAUUAAGAGUAUAGACAUUGGAUCCAAACUAAAAUCUAUUGUCCUCAACACCGAUGAUGACAAUAGUAUCGGUGUUCGUGAAAUCGAUACCAAUAAUAAUAAUAAUAUUAACAAUGACCAGUGCUGUCUGAGCGACACAAUGUGCAAACAGUUGGGCACAAUAUCCUUACAGGUGCACCAAUACUAUGGCAAUCCUCGUGAUAUUGAAUGGGGUGUCAUCGGUGAUACGGUCUAUUUGUUACAGUCCCGUCCCAUAACCAAUCUGAACAAAUGGACCGAUUGGGAGAUUAGACACGAAAUGGAUUCUGGCCAUCAAUCUGAACGGGAAUACUAUAGUCGGGCCAAUGUUGGCGAAGUGUUUCCCGGCGCAACAUCGCACCUGUGCCUGUCAUGGCUGACCACUACCUGGAAUGCCAACGGAUUUAGAGAUUGGAGUAAAAUAUUUCAUUUUCCUAAACACGAGUUCACUGUACACUAUAAUAAAGGGGGCGGUAUUGUCAACAAUGCCUACUUUUUCUUAUUGAAAACCGGCACUUUUCCAAUUGUUGGCGACGGCAAAAAUCGUAUGGCCCGUAUGAUACAGAUUGGUUUAUUUGGACACGAAUUGGAUGAGGAACAGUAUCCCGAUCUGUUUGUCGACUCCAGCGAUAGGGCACCCAAACGAUCGAUACCGUUGUGGGUGAAAGUCCAACUGGCCAUCGGAUCGGUUAAGUACUUUUUGACACCCGAGCGUACACUUCGACAGGCUAUCGAUUACGGCCGCAAACAUACCGAUCUGUUUGAUGGUAUGUGUCAGCUGACAUCACGUGAUAUGUUUGAUGCUAUUAUCCGAAGUGGUCAUCACUCGGGGAAAGUUAGCUACGCACACGGCAAGGCAACCAUGUGUUCGACCAUUUUUACCGCUUUACUAUUGGAUAGUAUCAAAAAGUUUAGCAAUAGUGAUAAUAAUAACGGAGUUAGCGCGUACGCCGAUUUUGGUCGACUAGUUUCGUGUGCCAAUGGUAAAGUAAUCAGCGCUCAGGUACCCAAACAGAUCAGGGAGAUUGCCAAUGCUAUCGAUAAUAAGGGCCAGUUUAUCGAGUUGAGUGAUGAACGGGCGUUGGAGUAUUUGCUAAACUCCGAUACCGGAGCUGCCAGUCGAUUGUUUAAACAAUUUUUGGUAGAUUAUGGGCACAGGGGUUAUAAGGAGUUUGAUUUUAUUGUACAACAAUGGGCUGAUAAUCCCGUUACUGUUGUCCAGUCUAUCAAAUCAAUGAUUAAUGGAAAUCAAGUAUUGAAUCCUAAAAGUGAUGAAUCGCUGGAUGAAGUAUUGAAUUCAUUUAGUACACCGUUAUCAUGGUUUAGGCGACUAAUGCUCAAGUAUGUAUCGAUACCGUUAUGCCAAUGGGGUGUCAGUCUCAGGGAACGGACCAAACACGAAGUGGUACGCACUGUCGAUGUCUAUCGUAAAGCCUGGUGGCGAUUGGCCGGUCAAAUGGUCCGGGAGGGCCGACUACCGGAGCCAGUGCUGAUGUUUCAUAUGACACUCAACGAAAUUGAUCAGUUGCUGCUGCACAGGGAUUCUGCUAUAGUAGGUAGGGCUCGAUUGCGUAGAAAACUAUUUCCACAAUUAGAUAGUCUUAAGUUUGAUGAAACAACUAUCGGACCGUAUAUUAGGCCACGAAAUGAUAUCUCAAACAAUGGCCUGGAUAUACCGGAACCAAUGGAUGGGCAGUCAGUUCGAGCUAAAGGUACGCCAGUAAGCGCUGGCAAAGUAAUAGGUCGGUGCUGUGUAGCCAUGAGCUUGGAUGAGGCCCGAAAUAUUGAGCAUGGUGAUAUUUUAAUAACAUACAGUACGGACAUUGGCUGGAGUCCCUAUUUCCCGAUGUUGUCCGGUUUGGUUACCGAAAUUGGUGGACUCAUAUCGCACGGUGCAGUGAUUGCCCGCGAAUACGGUUUGCCAGGUUUGGUGGCCGUAGACGGCGCCCAUCGGCUGUUCAAAACAGGCGAUCGGGUAGUGAUUGAUACGGAAAUCGGAGAAAUUUAUAAAUUACAAUAA